GCUGCGCAAACCAGCCCAAAUGCCAGCUGAUAGGGUCGAGGUAGUGUGUCAUCAAAGGCAGUUGCAACAUCAUUUCAGUACAGCUCUCUUAAAAGCAUUGACGUUUUAAAUCAACCUCUCUUGGGAGGUGUAUCUUUUUUUUUUUGAAUGACCAUGGCGAAUUUACCGAGAAGAAAAGUGCCUUCUCCACUGCGUCUAACAACGGUGUAGAUUGUGAGUGAGCUAGCUUCCUGGCUAGCUUACGAAGAUCGCAUCGGAUAGCAUCAACAACUAGCUACUGUCAAUUCUUACAAGCUGGUAUCGUGACUCCAAACACCAGCCAUGGGGAUACUGUUUACCAAAUUGUGGAGGCUUUUUAAUCACCAAGAGCACAAGGUUAUCAUCGUGGGCCUGGAUAACGCCGGGAAAACCACCAUUCUUUACCAAUUUUCUAUGAAUGAGGUGGUGCACACCUCUCCUACAAUAGGAAGCAACGUGGAGGAGAUUGUGGUCAACAACACCCACUUUCUGAUGUGGGAUAUCGGAGGGCAGGAGUCGCUGAGGUCGUCCUGGAACACGUACUACACAAACACAGAGUUUGUGAUUGUGGUUGUGGACAGCACCGACCGAGAGAGGAUCUCAGUGACCAAAGAAGAGCUUUACAGAAUGCUAGCACAUGAAGACCUGAAGAAGGCCGGGCUGCUCAUCUUCGCCAACAAGCAGGAUGUGAAAGGUUGCAUGUCUGGGGCUGAGAUCUCCCAGAGCCUCCAGCUGACCUCUGUCAAAGACCACCAGUGGCACAUCCAGGCCUGCUGCGCCCUCACUGGUGAAGGGUUAUGCCAGGGCCUUGAGUGGAUGAUGUCACGGCUGGGUGUGAGAUGAUGAACUCUGGCCCUCGACCCAGCAGAGCAACCUGGCUCUCUUUUAGCUCCUCCACUAAUUGGACACAGGGUCGGGGAUGAGGUCGAUGGACGGACCGGGACACCUCCUCUCUGUGACGCCGACUCGACCACCCCAGCCAGCCGGGACCUCGUUUUCUUUCCACGUUUAUUUAUUUUAAAAGAAGAGAAAGCAAAUUCUUACAGACUCUUACCACUCUGAACAAAAGACGCCUGACACGGUCUUGCCGGAGGACUCUGGUUGGAGAGAGGGAAGAAAGGACUGACGUGUAUUUAAAUAACAUUAUUUUUCUUCCUCACAUUGAAACACAGAUGAAAAGACACCCGUCUUGCCGGAUACUUUACCUGGACCCUUUUCUUUAGCUUUGUGUAAUUCCAGCCCUGUGUGGCCUUGCAGUAUUGCCUGACUGGCUGUGUUGGUUUUUACAGCAGUAAUACAUCCUACACAUCCCUGUUCCUUCUGUGCAGUAUUUACAUUGACCUUGUGCCUGCAUUGGAAUCCUCCCGUGACAACGGCUGACUAUGAUAGAGAUGUGCCGUGAGUGUGGGUGAAAUUACAGCACUGUAUGCCCUGGUCUCAGCCCAUAAUGGAAAAAUACUACCAACAGUGAAAUAAAGUGUUUUUAUCCGUUUUGGGUUGAAUCAAAAUAUCAUUUAUUGAUGUUGUCCUUUUUGUUGAUGUUCUUUUUAUUCCAUGGUGGUACGGCAGUGUCGGUUUUUGCUUUUUGUGCAAGACUCGUUUUUGUGGAGCAAAGAGAAGAGGGUUAAAGUUCAAAAGAGGUAAUGGAGAGAGGACACAACUACUAGGAGGCGAGCAUGUGAGGAGCAGAAACUGGUGGGGACAAGGAUAGAAUCUAGGUUUAAAGUUUUGUUUUGUUUUAUCAAAAGCAUGAUUGACAAAGUGAACCUGUCUCCUUUGACCAUGGAUAAUUCACACUUUAAAAAAAUCUAUAAGCCCAAAGUUGCUCGUAUUUGUAUGAAUUUGUGUUCGUAUAAAUUUGUUUUAUGUAAUAUUUUCUUUAAUGAUUGUCCCCAACAUUUAUUUUAAUAAGGUUACAUAUGACAAAGAAAUUGAUUAACCACUGUACUCUGGAACCUCACAGCUAACAUAAAGUAUUGCCCUGAUGAGGAAUUAAUAACUAA